AUGGCGGGUAAAAGCUCACCUUUCAAGAGCUUCACACACCACCGUGGUAAUUCCACGGACGGCACACCCCAUUCGCAAGGCCAACACCGUAAGACACCAUCAAUUGGACAGCAAAAUCCGCCUAUUGCAGGCCAUACCAGAAAUGCAUCACGGACAUCAAAUGCAUCUGUGAGUUCUAACUUCUUGGCGGAACAAUAUGAGCGUGAUAGAAAAGCUAUAUUGAGCAGCUGUUUUUCUGAGGACCCAACCGGUCCUGGAAAUAGCUCUAGGCUUUCCAAGACGUAUGUUACGCAUGUGCGAAUUAUAGAAGAUACACGCUAUCCAAGUUCUAGACCGCCAGUUUCGUCACCGCUCGCAAACAAGAAAAAAAGAGUGCUCAUCGUGAGCGCUUUGACGAAUGGAGCUGGGAUGCAGAUUCAUAAAGCGCGUGAAAACAGCAACGGGUCAUUUCAGAUUGGCAGAACAUGGCCUUUGAAGGAGCUGGUGUGUGUUGAGCGCGACGUGGAACAACCCGAGGGGUUUUUGCUCACUAUGGGUAAACGUUACUACUGGGAAACCAAUACUGCCAAAGAGCGCACGGUAUUCGUGAAAACUCUGAUCAGAAUAUACAUGGAAGACUCUGGUGGUCGCGUGCCGCAACUUCUUAACUGGGAUCUGGCGUUGUUCUAUAUGGACAGAAACAGCUACCAAAGAGCUUUGAUUUCCUCGUCUGAACAAAAGGACUUGCCAGGCUCAACAGCUAGUCCUUCAAGACCACCUACAACUGGCUCCAAGCAGUCUUCUGGCAUGAGCGGUUCUGACGCUCCACCUCAUAUCCCUCCUGCACCUGUAAAGCUUCCGGCACUUCCUCAACAACCAAAACAGCCACGAAGUCAGCAGCAACACGCUACAUUCACGCCAUUAGCCACAAAAAAAGGUGAAAAUCUUCCAUACGAAGUCUCAAAACCUAGUGCGGCGUCUGUGCCCCAAGCUCGUGAACCGCCCGAAAUCAAAACGGCUAGUCCAAUUCGUACAGCUUCUCCUCCGCUGAACAGGUCGUCGCCAUCUUUGAAAAGCUUGAACGAUACUGCUAGCAAACAAGUAAGCCAUUCGAGCAAGGACGCUUUAUCGCAACAAAACUUAAGCCACGUCGAGCCGUUAGAUCUGUCAACCUCUCAAGUAUCUCAAAACGCAGAUGAGGGCCUAAACGCGAAAUACACGAUACACCAACCCUUGGAACAUAGACGGUCUCAGACUCCCGAGUCGAGUAGUUUUUUAUCAGAACUCAACUCUGUGCUCAGAGAGCCGUCGAAUCCGCCUGAUCUUAAAGCACAUGCUUUGAGUGAUGAACAAGAUUCGCACCAUACGCAGGGUAGGUCUGGGAUCGAAGAGAGUAAAAGAGCUGAAUUUGAGGUAUCGAAAAAAUAUGCAUCAUCGAACGAAGGUCACUCGCUCGAAGUGGAUGAGAACACCAAUGAGCUUUCUUUUGAAAAGGGCGAUGAGGUACGCUACAGCCAGAUUUUAGAGGAGGAGAAGGACACAUUUGGCGUACCAUUUGAUACACAAGGGUUUGAGGAUGAAAAAAGCGAUGACGGCCGUCAUGCAUAUCAUGAAGUCUCAGUGAUCAGAGAAGAGCCAACGGAUUCCGCGAUUGGCGGUGCAAAUACAGAAGGAACGAAUACUGUACCUAAUGCUCUCAGUCAAGUCGAAAAUGAACUGCUGAUGGAAACACUCGAGGAUGUGAACUGGUCUAUUGAAGACGACUCUGUAGAACUUCUUUCUAAGCUUUCCAACAAGCUUGCGGGCACUGAGUACCUUCUUAACAAGGAACUUGUGGCGCUCCCAAAAACUAGCUCAGCGUUUCCAACUUUUCGGCAAAAAGUGCUUGCGGAAUGUGAAAAGGUAGAUCCUACCCUGUCAUUUUUCGCGAUGGAGCUUUCGACAGUAUCAAGGGACAUCGAGUAUGUAGAGAGCCAAGCGAAUGGGCUACAAGUUGAGAGUGCCAAUAAGAAGAUGCUGUGGAAGGAGCUCUCGGAUGUUUUAAGCUCGGUCUCUGUGGACGAAGUCACACUAAACAAUAUUUUGGCGCGACCUCUUAGCGAGAGAAACUUGCAACAGAUCGAAAACCUUUUGCAGCCCCUCUACACGGCUUUGAAAGCUAUUCGUGGCGAUUUCGAAGAGGAAGAUGGAAAUUUAGGCAUGAUGAAAGCUUUGAUAGAGAGAAGGCAAGCUUAUGAGGCAGUUACAGAACGUUUUAUCAUGCGCGUGGCCGACGAAAUCCACGCAAAAUUUGUCAAUAUGCAACACGAGAAGGUUCCCAUAGACCAGCUCCCGAAUGUGCUUUCCAGACUUUUGAUGUUUUCGUCGGUUAUUCUUUUCGCCAAGGACAUCGCAUGUGAGGUCUAUACCAGUAUGAUAGACGACGCGAUUCAUGAAACGCAAGUGCUUCUUGACAAAAAAUCGGCCCCGCUUUUACAGUACUUGGAAUCACGUCUUAAACUCGAAGGGAACAAGGAUGCUGUAUCGAGCUUGUCCGAUCAGAAAGAUCUACUCAAUCGCUGGAAAACUGGACAUGCAGUGAAACAGUUCGAACCAUUAAAACCGAAAAAUGCGGAGACCCUAUAUGAAAUGAUAAGCGCCCUCAAAACUAUGGAAUCGCUAGCAUUAACUUAUCAGAAUUUUGUUGGGGCGUUCUUUCACUUGAAUGAUGGUGUUGACUUCGAGGAGUACGUGGCCACAUACCCUGAGCUUACUUCCCGGAGUUUGCCACUAGAAGACAUUCAGCCACUUGAGUCGGAUCGUGAAUCUGCGCAAUUGAAAACCCAAUUGAUGACAAGAAUUUUUCAGUCCAUUUUCAACGAUUUCUUUGGUGAGAUUUUAGGCUUUUUGAAAGAUCAAGCACCAUUGAUCCCGCUUGUUAUGAUCUACCUUGAGGGGUCUAUCUCCCGCUAUAGCGAAUCAAAUCAAGAAUUUCUUGCGACAACGUUUGAAAAAUUCUAUGCCAGAUUUACACAGGAAUGGGAAGGUUAUAUUGAUGAUCAAAGUACAGCAAUUGAGAGAGUUUCCAUCAAUGCUAAUGCAAAACGCGUGGCGCCUUUUGCUGUGGGGCUGCCCGCUUUUGUCGCCCGCAUCGAAGACGAAGUGUUUUUUACAGCCGAAGAGUUGCAAAUUUCCAAUGAGGAAUACCCAAGAUCUCGUCAAAUUUUUGACAAGUCUUACAACAGCUUGGGCCAAGCAUUAUUGUCGGUUUUACAGAAGGGUUCGCAUAUCCCAUCGUCAGAUAACAUGAUGCCACCUUCGACUACAUCGGAUGAAAGUUCGAAAUCGAUCUGGUUGCUCAUAAACUGCAAUUGGAUAAUCGAGGUUCUCCCAAAUUUUGGCCACGAGUCACUAUUCGUUGAUUGUCUUCAGACCACUAGACGCAUCUUCAAUGUUGAGAGAGAUAAAUACGCAGAGACUUUGUUGCGCAAUUCGAUGAACCAUUUGUACAGUUUUGUCGAUGGCGCUUACAGCUUGAUGGAAAUCUCAAAAAACCGCGUCGUUACUUCUUCACAAUGGACAGUCUACAGUCAACAAAAUUUGAAUAAGAUACUCGAAAGAUACUCCUCUACAGAGAUUACCGCUGUCGUUGCCAGGCUUUACGAAACUAUUCAGCGAGAUAUCUUCCACGAAGGACAAAAUGAGGUGAGCACUAUUCUUUUGGAUAGACUGUGGUCAUGUACUCAAGGCCAAACAGUUUCCCUCUAUUUGAAACUAUACACCCUAAUUGAAAAGCAUUACAAAGGUAGCAGUGCUAAAUUUACCAAGAACGACAUAAUAUCCGCUUUCAACUCUCAUAAAACCGCAGCAUGA